AUGAAGAAGUUCUUUGGUAAUGGGAACCGAAGGCAUUCUUUCUCUGCCUCCCCCACCAGCCAGAGGGAGUCCUUCCUGGGCUCUGAUGGGCAGUGCUGGGAUGCUAUUGCCCUCCACUCCUUCAAAAAGCUCAAAAGCUACAAAGCUUUUGGAAAGAUCCACAAGGCUGCGAGCCGGGGUGCUGUUGCCACGAUUCAGAGCAGACUCAUGCUUGGAAAAAAUGGGGUCAAUGACCGAGACAGGAAUGGCAGAACAAUGUUGCACUAUGCCUGUGCACAUGGCCAUCCCGUUGUAGUUGACCUCCUAAUACAGUGGAAUUGUGACAUUGAUCUCCGUGACAGUGAAAACUGCACAGCAUUAAUUAAGACUUCACAGUAUGGGAAUGGAGAAUGCGCGUCAAUUUUACUAGAUCAUGGUGCUUAUCCAAAUACCAAGGACAACCAUGGGAACACUGCUCUGCACUAUACUGUUUGGUAUAACAACACCUCAAUGGCUGACAUACUCCUGGAACACCAUGCUGACAUCAGUAUAAGGAACAAGGAUAAUUUUACGCCAUAUACUCUGGCUCGAUUAAGAAACAACGAAAGCCUGGCAAAGUUUUUAGUAGACAAGAGAGACCAGAUACUGAAAGCUGAUGAACUGAAGAGACUGAAACUUGGCAACCUGAAGAUAAAAGUACAACCAGAACCCCCAACAGAAGAUUCAGAACAGCCUCAGGUGAUGUUGGACGGUACAAGUUUGGUCACUGAAGAAGCUGAUAAGCAGAAAGUUAUCGGGUUGCAAUCAGCAGAAAACCUGAAUGACAGUUGGUUGCAUUCAUCAGAAGACCAGUUUCAAAGUGUGGUUCAUGCUUCAGAAAAUGAAAAUCACAGUGCAAUUCGUGUAUCAGAAAACCUGAAUCCUAAUUUGGCAAACACAUCAGCAAAUAAGAGUCAGACUGAGGUGCCUGAAAACCUGAUGGACAAUGUGGUUCAGGAAGCAGAAAAAACGAAUCAGAGUGCUGCAGCCCUAGGUCUACAAAAAAAUGAUGGACAAACUGAAGAGCAACCUGUUCCUGUUGAGGAGAAUCAAGAAGAUGAUGGACUGAAACGUGACAACCCAAAUAUAAAAGUUGAAUCAGAACUUCCAACAGAAGAUUCAGAACAGCUUCAGGUGAUCUUGGAUGGUCCAAGUUUGGAUAGCUUCACACCACUUAUACUGGCUCGAAUGAAAAACAAUGACAACCGGGUAAAAUGUUUAGAAGACCAGACAGGAAAGAUCAAGGAACUUGAUGAAUUAGACAGGUCUUCAAAGAAAACUUCCAAUGGAAAAAAAAAGGUCAAAGAAGAAGGAAAUCAUAUGUUUGACCUUAACAAACUACUCUCAUCAUCUGAGGGAAAAGUAGAGGCCUGUGAGAUAGGCAGUUAUGACACUAUUUUGCACCUUAUUGAACACCUCAUGAGACAGAACAAAGAUUCUGACAGCUUAGUGAAAAUCCGGCGUGCGGUUUGUUCACAUAAAAUAUCAAUGGAGUUACAAAAACAAAAUAUUGAACGACUCAAAGGAAUAAAGAAGAGUUUGAAAAAUGAAAUUCCUGCACUAGAAAAGGAAAGGUUUCAAAUGGAGAUUAAAAAGACUAAUCUGCAGACAGAGCUGCAUGCUAUGAGACUCACAGCAGAAAAGUUAAAAGCUGAAAUUAUGCUCCAAAAAAAGAAGAAUGAACAGCUUUCAAGAGUCCCUUCUGAGAUUCUUAUAGAAGAACAGGUUAAGUUGAACCAGUCACUGACACAGAGUUUGGCUGAAGCAAAAAGGCAUAACCGUGAACUUAAAAAGGAAAUACAUAAUAGGCUUGAGAAUUGGCGCACAAUGAUGGAUAAGGACUCAGAUGCACAUAAAAAUAGAGACUUUUCACAUAAGUUUUCAAGUACAACUCACCGUGAAGAGGAUAUGACAAUAUUGGUUGUUUUCACUCAGCUUGCAACUCUUGAAACAAAAAUAGGACAAGAAGAAUUCCAAAGGCAAUGCCUGGAAGAUGAAAAUAAUCUUCUGCAGCAGAAAUUAAAAGAUGGAAAAUAUCAGCAGAAGAAAUGUGAAAUUGUAGAGGGUAGAAUAAAGCAGCUUGAAGAGAAAAUCCUCAGCCUGAAGACCCAAAUGGACAAUAACAUGGUAGAGCGUAGUGAGGUGGAAAAGCUUAAGAAAGCCAUUGAAGGGCAACAUAGAAGUCAACUACUGGAAAAAAUAAACCAAGUCAAUCAAUUCUUACAGGAAGAUGCUGCCUCUAACCAACAGACAGAGCAGGAAAAACAAAAUUAUAUACUUUUACUGGAGGAUGAACUUAAGAAUAUUGAAUCAGAGUUGGUGGAAGAAGAUGCUGCCUCUAACCAACAGACAGAGCAGGAAAAACAAAAUUAUAUACUUUUACUGGAGGAUGAACUUAAGAAUAUUGAAUCAGAGUUGGUGGAAAUCACUGAAGAAGUUGAUAAGCAGAAGGUCAUCAGAUUGCAAUCAGCAGAAAACCUGAAUGACAGUUGGGUGCAUGCAUCAGAAGACCAGGUUCAAAGUGUGGUUCAUGCUUCAGAAAAUGGAAAUCACAGUGCAAUUCAUGUACCAGAAAACCUGAAUCUCAGUUCGGCGUACACAUCAGAAAAUGAGAGUCAAACUGAGGAGCCUGCAGCUCACAACCUGAUGAACAGUGUGGUGCAUUAA